AUGGCUGCAAUAGAGGUUGAACCCAUGAAAAUUGAGACUGCAAUGCGUACGCUCAAGUUGUCGGGGCACGUCGGUUUCGAUAGCCUGCCGGACCAACUUGUAAACAAGAGUGUUCAAAAUGGAUUCGUCUUCAAUAUCCUAUGUAUCGGUGAGACUGGCUUAGGCAAGUCAACACUAAUGGACUCAUUGUUCAACACCAAUUUUGAGUCCAGCCCCAGUCCACACAAUCUGCCUACAGUUAAGUUGAAGGCUCAUACUUACGAGUUGCAGGAGAGCAGCGUGAGACUAAAGCUAACAAUCUGCGACACAAUUGGAUAUGGAGAUCAGGUGAACAAGGAAGACAGUUUCAAAGCAGUGGUGGAUUACAUAGAUGCUCAGUUUGAGGCAUACCUGCAGGAGGAGCUUAAGAUCAAGCGCUCCCUUCCCACAUAUCAUGACAGCCGAUUACAUGUCUGUCUAUAUUUCAUUUGUCCUACUGGACAUGGCCUGAAAUCUAUAGACUUAGUGUGCAUGAAGAAAUUGGACACAAAGGUUAACAUCAUUCCCAUAAUUGCAAAGGCAGACACCAUAUCAAAGACUGAAUUGCAAAAGUUCAAGUCUAAAAUAAUGCAAGAAUUGCAGUCAAACGGUGUAGAGAUAUACCAAUUCCCGGUAGACGAUGAGUCUGUCUCCGAGGUGAAUACCUCUAUGAACAGCCACAUCCCGUUUGCGGUCGUCGGUAGCACAGACUUCGUUAAGAUCGGCAAUAAGACGGUGCGCGCACGCCAGUACCCGUGGGGCACCGUGCAAGUGGAGAACGAGUCUCACUGCGACUUUGUGAAGCUACGCGAAAUGCUGAUCCGCACCAACAUGGAGGAUAUGCGCGAGAAGACCCACGCGCGUCACUACGAGCUGUAUCGGCGACGGCGCCUCGCUCAGAUGGGCUUUAGCGACGUCGACGCACACAACAAGCCCGUGUCAUUCCAACAAACAUUCGAGCAGAAACGGUCAGCACAUCUUGCUGAGCUGCAGAUGAAGGAAGACGAGAUGCGGCAGAUGUUUGUGCAGCGGGUCAAAGAGAAGGAGGCUGAACUCAAGGAGGCUGAGAAGGAGCUUCACGCAAAAUUCGAUAAACUGAAGAAGGAUCACACGGAGGAGAAGAAGCGUCUGGAAGAACUCCGCAAGAAGAUCGAGGAUGACACGAUCGAGUUCAACCGACGCAAGCAACAAACGGUGCACUCGCACCACACGCUCACACUGGGGAAAAGUAAGAAAAAGUGA